CUGAAAAAUAGCACAAGUUCCUUGCAUCACUGCCUGCCCAUGAAAACCAAAUCAUCACCAAAUCAUCUAACAAAAAUGCUCAAAAUAAAUAAGCAUCUCAAUCGCAAUCCAACCUUCUCUCCUUCUCCAUCUCCACUGAUCCCUCAAGCAGGGAUCUUUUCUAUGUCUUUCUCCCUCCUCCAUCUCCUCCUCCUCCUUGUUCUUGUUCACCUCAUUCAUGCCAUCAAGGCACUUAGUGUGUCUGAGAAGGUGGAAUAAAGCCAGACAACCCUGGCCUUUAUUACAUGUUACUUUGACUUGUACAUGUAAAUAGUAAUCUCAACUAUGAGUAUGAAGGAAGUCUGUUGCCCUUACUUUGAUCCUGAGUUCGAGAACCUCAACGAGAGGAUUUAUGGGCCAAGUUGCAGGGUAUAUGUAGAUAAUGAUUCUUGUGAGAAAUGUACAGUGGUGAAGGUUGAUAGCCUCAAUAAACAAGGCCUGCUUCUUGAAGUGGUACAAGUAUUGACUGAUAUGGAUCUUUUUAUUUCAAAGAGCUAUAUUUCUUUCGAUGCAGGAUGGCUCAUGGAUGUCUUUCAUGUCAAAGAUCAGCAAGGCAACAAGGUUACUGACAAUGGAGUUAUCAAUUACUUGCAGCAGUCCAUAGUUACAAGGAGAGAGCUUAAGAGCUCUGGAGAUCCAAAAGCCUGUACAGAGGAUGCUGUUGAAGUUGAACCUGAAUCCACUUCUGAGUGCACUGCCAUAGAGAUGAUUGGUACCAAUCGACCAGGAAUCUUUUCGGAGAUUUCAGCUGUCCUUGCUGAGCAAAAGUGUAAUAUCAUAGAGGCUCACGCAUGGAGUCACAAUGCUUGUGUCGCUUGUGUGGCAUAUGUCUCUGACGAGUCUACUUCGACUUGCAUUCAUGACCCCAGUAGACUAGCCACUAUUGAAGACCAUCUGUCUACUGUUCUUCGACCCACUACUAUCACUGAUGAUGAGUUUAAAGGAGCAAAGACACGGUUUCUUGGUUGUGAUAGCUCAACAAGUCAUAAAGAACAUCGGCUACACCAACUUAUGUUGGCGAACCGUGACUUUGAUGAGUCACCAGGCUCAGCAAGAGCAUCAUUCUCAUCGAUGGGCUCCAACGGUGAUGAAGAUGGGAGGAGGACAACAGUCUCUAUCGACCCAUUCAAUGAGAAAGGUUAUUCUUGUGUGAAUGUGGAGUGCCCAGACCGCCCGAAGCUCAUGUUCGAUAUAGUGUGCACACUUACGGACUUGCAAUAUGUUAUCUUUCAUGCUUCCAUCACUUCUCACGGGCUUUUCGCUUAUCAGGAGUAUUAUAUUCGGCACAAGGACGGCUUCAUUCUGAACUCUGAGCAAGAGAAGCAACGAGUUGCGAAAUGCUUAGAGGCUGCAAUCGAGAGGAGAGUUUGUGAGGGAGUCCGGUUAGAGUUAUGUGCAAAGACCAGUGUCGGGUUGCUACCUUACGUAACACGCAUUCUUCGGGAGUACGGGCUCACUGUGACUCGUGCUGACAUUGCAACCGACGGCGGGAAGACUAAGAAUGUGUUUUAUGUUCAAGAUAUUUCGGGUAAUGAAGUCGACAUGGACAUUCUGGAAUCAAUGCAGAAAGAAUUGGAGCCUUUGGCAUUCCAAGUUAAGAACGAAGUGCUGCGAAGAACAACGUCGAUGGAGAAAGAGAGUUUCUCAUUUGGGAGCUUGCUUAAAUCUCAAUUGGAGUGGUUUUCUCAUAAUUAUAUCAGAGAUUGAUCCCAAAUGAUAACUGAUCAUAAUACAUUUAUAGGUUUAUGUGUAACAUGGAAAAAAAUUUGUAUUUUUUUUUGGGAACUUGAUUUUGUAAAAA